UUGAUCAUAUAUACAUGGGGUCACAUUCUUUCCUAAAACACAUGGAUGGUGUUAAAGAGAAGGGUGAAAAUCCUACAUACAUUAGCUACUGGAACAACAUGUGUAUGUGUAAGGAUAAGAGCCUGUCGAUCAAUGAGGCUGCUGAAAUUAAAGGGAAGAUGUAUGAAGAGUAUAAGAAGGCCAAGCAACAAGUGGCAGAGAGUUUAGGAACUCCACUAGAUCAAAUCGCACUCCCUAUCCCACAACAGUUAGAGAUCAUGACUGCAGAACUUGGGGUUGCAAAGGGCAAGAGGAUUCGAGGCUUGGGUUCUAGUCUCCGAGUGGAGAGUUCGCAUAGUGGUCGAGUUGCCUCCUCUUUUGCUACAGAGAAAAAGGUUGAGGAACUUCAAGGCACAGUUGGUGAGUUGAAAGGCAUAGUUUGUGAGCUGGCACAGUGGGUAAACUUUUGAAUGUCAUUGAGUGGAUGCGGUCCUGUACCCUCACAUUUAGAUGUUCCAUCCCAGCAUACUGGUGAUUCUUCUUGUGAUGGUGAUCAAGGUAAUAGUGGUGGUUCACGUAAUGUUUAUGAUGAUCUUGAUGAUAUUGUAAAUAUUCAUUAGGUUGUGUGUACAUCUACAUACUUGAUGGUUUUUAUAUGUAGCAUACCUUGGGGGGUUCUAGAGGGUUUCUAUAUCUAGCUACUUGAUGGUUUUUGUAUCUUUAGCAUACCUUGGGGUUUUUUGUAUCUAGCUACAUUGAUGUAUGCUUAAACUAGUAUCUUCUGAACAGUAAUUAUGCGAUUUUUAUUAAUUUCA